CACAAAUUAACACAAAUACAGUGUUUAAAUGAACAUGUUUAAUAUUACUAUAAAUAAGGUUAGCAUUUAAUUCCAAAGUCACCAAAAGGCCCCACGUGUAUUUCUGCCCAGACGCCUAUUUUUCCAGCCUUUUAGAAAGCAGCGUAACAUGGUGAGAAACAACCAGCUGCGUCCAAGUCUCACUGCUCUUCAUCGUCACUUACAGUUCAGGUAGAACGCUAAGUUGCUGCUUCAUGUCUGGACAGCCAUUCUGUCUCAGUGAAAGCUGACGAGAAGAACGUUUAUCAUGACUGACCAGGCGCCGCUGCUUGCUGUUUGUCUGUCCGUUGGUCUGCUGUUGCUAGUGCUGCUGCUGCUGAUUCUGACAAUGUGCUGCCUGAGGAGGAAGAAGAACAAGCAGGAUCAGUAUCAGGAGCUGAUCAGCACGGUGCCAUCGGUACCGGCCCACUCUGCUCCGGUGAUCCCUGUGUCUCAAGGCUUUUGUGCCAGGCAUGGUGAAAUCCCUUUCUCUUUGCCUCCUCGCUGUAUUCCACAAAAUACUGCGGUUCUGAGAGAUGUUGAGAGCCAGGAGAAAGAAAAGGAGGGAGCGAUGAAGGUGGAUGCUCAGCGAGACAUUCUGGCUCACCGUGGGUCACUGUCAGUGAGAAGUUGGUACCCAGUGGGGUCGGUGCUGACAGGUCUGUACUCUAUGACCCCUCUGAACGAGGUGGCGGCCCCUCCUCUUGGCAUGGCCACUCGCCUCUGCUUCUCUGUAGAGUAUCGUCACAGCAGCGAGCAGCUCGUGGUCUCCUUGCUACGCCUCAGCAACCUCCUUCCCCGUUUCCACAGCAACAUGACGCUGGUGGAGCUGCGGCUUCUUCCCGAUGACCGGAGGCCCCGGCAGGCCAAGGCCCGGGGGACGGGGCCUGACCCAGAGUUUAACGACUGCUUGAUUUUCCAGGUAUCAGCAGUGUGUGUGUUGCGGAGCACCCUUAGUGUGUGUGUGCUGAGUGUGGAGAAAGACGGUAAACGGCAUGCCGUGGGCAGAGCGUUGUUUCCCCUGGAAGGGGAGCUUGGUCAGGCCGGCAGAGUUCUGUGGAGAGACCUUGAUCCCGAGGAGGUAAUGCAGGUAAACACCAACACGUCCACACACAUCCACAAAGAGGUGAUCAACAUGCUCAGAAUGGUUCUGCCGUCUAACCUUCGCCAGUGUUCAGAGCUGGGUGAUGUGCAGAUAUCCCUUAGCUACAGUUCAUCCCUGCAGCGGCUCUCGUUGGUGGUUCUGGGAGCUCGAGGCCUUCAGCUGCUCACAGAUGCAGGUGUGUGUGUCCAGGUUUGCUUGCAGAUACACACUCAGAUGGUGAAGACGAAGCGUAGCUGUGUGGUGAAAGGCGAACAGAAUCCCAUCUUCAACUACAGGAUGACUUUUAAACUCCGACCGCAGCACCUGGAUGAUGCCUGUUUAAGAUUUGAGCUGCAGCAUCCAAACGACAACCGCUCAGAACCUCCAGCCCUGCUGGGAGUGCUGGUGUUGGGUCCCUUCAUGUACGCCAGGGGUCUUCAGCUGCAGCACUGGAUGGACAUGAUCAACAAGGCACAAGAGCCGGUCAGAAUGUGGCACGGACUGGGCCGGGCAAUAUAAAUCCCAACACAGCAUUCAGAGGCUAAAGGGGAGAAAAAAAAACUUCAAAUAUUUGUUUAUCUUAGUCUCAAGUCCAGUCUCCAAGAGCUAUUAUUAGUGACGGUGUGCUUAAAGCUGAAGCUCCGGAGCAUAUGUUUCAAAAAGCAACAUAGUGCUUUGUAAGUGUUGUGCCAAAGCUUGAUUUGGUUGGCCACUCAGUGAGGUUUCAAGGUCCAUAUGGAAGAAUCGUGGUAUUGGUAGUUUGACACUUGGUUCAACACGUCAAAAGGAAGUGAAUCGUUGUUCGGACUACGUAGUCUGGAGCUCCGAUGUAAAUUAAAGCUGCUCUUCAUACUUUUCGCCACCAGAUGUCACUGAAGUGGUGAAAAGCUUUGAGUAAUUGACUUUCCCCCCCCCAAAAAAAAAGAAAGCUUAAUUUGUUAGCGAGUCAUUCAACUGAUUCACGUGUGUUUUGGUCAAGGGUUUGCAUCUAAAUGUAUCAGGAUAGCAGCUGUCAACAACUGGGCUGAAAAAAAUUAAGGAUUUGCCAAUUUCUUGUUUAUUUAUUUAUUUUUUUUUUAGUUAAAUUACCAGACCCUGUAGUUUAACUGCUCCAGUUUGUCCCUCCAUUUGACCUUCAGUCCCAGACACACCAAUAAUAUCAUCAAAAGUUGACAUUAAUUAGAGUUGGAGAUAAAAAGAAAGACUUUAAUUGAUUGUCUGCAGGCCUUGCAAAA